AAAUACAGCAGGCUGCAUUUGGCAGACCCUGCUCCAGAUGCAUACCUAGAAAUGGAAUAGAAGAGUUGGAAAUCAAGUUCUUUCUUUUUUGUUUUUUUCCCCAAAACAUUGAUUCUGAGUUUCAUCUGUUUGAGAUUUUUUUGAGCCAGGAUUUUUUAGCUUUAAAAAAUAUGUAUGGUCAUUUGAUAUUAAAAUUUAUAGUACAGAAAUUUUCUCUGCACUGUGCUUUGUUCAUUAAAACAGCUCUCAUGUUUCUUUGCAGAACAAAAGCCGCCCUCAUUCUAGGGGAGAAUAUAAUGUUUACAGCACUUUUCAAAGUCAUGAACCAGAGUUUGACUAUUUGAAAAGUCUAGAAAUUGAGGAAAAAAUUAAUAAAAUUAGGUGGUUACCACAACAGAAUGCUGCUCAUUUUCUACUUUCUACAAAUGAUAAAACUAUAAAAUUAUGGAAAAUAAGUGAACGGGAUAAAAGAGCAGAAGGUUAUAACCUGAAAGACGAAGAUGGAAGACUUCGAGAUCCGUUUAGAAUCACAGCACUACGGGUCCCAAUAUUGAAGCCCAUGGAUCUUAUGGUAGAAGCGAGUCCACGGCGAAUUUUUGCAAAUGCUCACACAUAUCAUAUAAAUUCCAUUUCAGUAAAUAGUGAUCAUGAAACAUAUCUUUCUGCAGAUGACCUGAGAAUUAAUUUGUGGCACUUAGAAAUCACAGAUAGAAGCUUUAACAUCGUGGACAUCAAGCCUGCUAACAUGGAGGAGCUGACCGAAGUCAUCACCGCAGCCGAGUUCCACCCACACCAGUGCAACGUGUUCGUCUACAGCAGCAGCAAAGGGACCAUCCGACUGUGCGACAUGCGCUCCUCGGCCCUGUGCGACAGACACUCCAAGUUUUUUGAAGAGCCUGAAGAUCCCAGCAGUAGGUCCUUCUUCUCAGAAAUAAUUUCAUCCAUAUCUGAUGUAAAAUUCAGUCAUAGUGGGCGGUACAUGAUGACCAGAGACUACCUGUCGGUGAAGGUGUGGGACCUCAACAUGGAGAGCAGGCCGGUGGAGACCCACCAAGUCCACGAGUACCUGCGCAGCAAGCUCUGCUCUCUCUAUGAGAACGACUGCAUCUUUGACAAGUUUGAGUGUUGCUGGAACGGUUCGGAUAGCGCCAUCAUGACCGGGUCCUACAACAACUUCUUCAGAAUGUUUGAUAGAGACACGCGGAGGGAUGUGACCCUGGAGGCCUCGAGAGAGAGCAGCAAACCACGUGCCAGCCUCAAACCCAGGAAGGUGUGUACAGGGGGUAAGCGGAAGAAAGAUGAGAUCAGUGUGGACAGUCUGGACUUCAACAAGAAGAUCCUGCACACGGCCUGGCACCCCGCGGACAAUGUCAUUGCCGUGGCUGCCACCAAUAACUUGUACAUAUUCCAGGACAAAAUCAACUAGGGACGCGAACGUGAGGACCGUCUUGUCUUGCAUAGUGAAGCCGAUCAUUUUUCUGUCAGAGAAAAGGCAUCAUCGUCCACUCCAUUAAGAACAGUGAUGCACCUGCUACUUCCCUUCACAGACAUGGGAGAAAGCUGCCUCCUCUGGAGGCCCGGUGUGUUUCUGCCUUUGGCGAGGCGCGAGGCAGGCGCUACUGCUCACAUGGAGACGCUCUCGAAGCAGAGCUGACGGACACUGCUCCCAAAAGGCCAUGACUCAGAAUAAAUGUAUUUAUUUCAGUCCGAGCCUUCCUUUCCAAUUUAUAGACCAAAAAAUUAACAUCCAAGAGAAAAGUUGUUGUCAGUUACCGCUCUUCCUCUGACUUUCCCUCUUUCUCUGCCAUCGCACUUGGGCCUUCACUGCAGCGUGGCGUGGCCACCGUCCGUGUCCUCUCGGCCUUCCUCUGAGUCCGGGUGGGCUUCGUGGAUGUGUGGAUGUGGCCCGAGCAGGCUCAGGCGGCCCCACUCACCCACAGCAUCCGCCGCCACCCCUUCGGGUGUGAGCGCUCAAUAAAAACAACACGCUAUAAAAAGUGUUUUUAAAUCCAAA